CUUGUUUAUGAUUUAUGACUGCUCAUCUCGCUCAUCCCCUUGGGUGUGGAGUGGCCGGUGGUUUUGUUCUCCACACCCGAGCAUUUUGAACGUGUCGCAUCAUCAUGACAGGAACCCGCGUAACCGUAAUAUUACCAGAGCCUCCAUCUGAGUCCAUCGCCAUCUCCCACAGCCGGAAGGUGCGUCCCCCGGCCCGGGGGUUUAUCUGGAUUCUGGGCAUUUGGCUGGCGCAUCUGCCUGCCUCCCGUGGCUAGAUACUGGCUAGAUUCCGGACACGAAUUCUAGUCGCUGUUCUCUCCCUCCGCUGCAGACCCCUACUCCGCAUCGGUGGCGGGCUCUGGUCGCAAUGGAGCUCCUCCCCAGGCUGGUGGAUACGGUGCUUUCCUCCACGCACAUGGACGCCAUUGACGUCCUUCGAGCCUUUUUCCUUUUGGCAUCCUGUACGAUCCUGUCCGUCAGUAUCCUACCAGACUCCCUUCACUCACGCUUCGUUCCUUAUGGCGCUCGUGCAACCUCGACGGCCGACUCGGCGUCCUCACCCCCGGCGUCCUCGAUCAACUCCCCGGCAGCAUGCGCUCUCGAUUAUGUUGCCUCCUUGACAGUCCCUCACAGCUACUUUACGCAAUUUUACGUGACCUCCGUGUUCGCAUCCAUCUUCUGGGCUGUGCAGCUCCUCUGUCAGGGAGCGGUGUUCCAGGUCUUUUCAACGAGGAUAAGUCCGGAGCAUUUUCAGAAGUCCAUGUCGAUACAACAGGUGUUUUUGUGCUGGGUGCUUAUGCUCAUUCAGGGUGCACGGCGGUUAUAUGAGUGCAACAGCUUCUCCAAGCCUUCAUCGUCCAAGAUGUGGUUCGUCCACUGGCUCGUAGGCCUUGCAUUUUACCUAGCAGUGUCCGUUGCUGUGUGGAUCGAAGGAGCAGGAGCGCUGCUGUCUCAUAAGCUGGACCUCGACGAUCUCAAGGUUACCAUAGCUCCCUCACUCCGCACAUUUGUCUGCAUGCCUAUCUUCUUACUUGCAUCAGGCAUCCAGCAUGAUUGCCACCAUUAUCUCUUCUCCUUGAAGAAAUAUACUCUUCCCACUCACCCAGUGUUUCGCAGGAUCGUGUGCCCGCAUUACACGGCAGAGUGUGUCGUAUAUCUCUCACUUGCCCUGCUGGCCGCUCGCAAGGGUGAGAUCGUAAACAAGACACUGUUGUCCGCUCUCGCAUUUGUCGUGAUCAACUUGGGCGCCACUGCUGCCAACACCAGGCAAUGGUAUUUGCGCAAAUUCGGCGAGGAGUCUGUGCGGGAGAGAUGGAACAUGAUCCCUUGGGUUUACUGAUCAUGUAGCGUGAGGCCAGCGUGAAUUGUUCCCGGCAUGACUUGGGUUCACCGGCCGCCCAGGAAUCUCGUCGUAUUCCCCAGUUUCGCGACUUUGAGCACAUCGCGAUAAGUCAGGCUUAUCCUAGUCUCCCUCUCCAGCCAACCGCAC